CCCAUACUAACAGCAGACAAUAGAGAUCUUUAUGGACUAGCAUACGCUCCUUAAUCAACAUCAAAUAUUUCCCUUAUUAAGCCUUCAUCAAACACCUAUUCAAAUUGCCUGUCAUUGUCCAUCUUCAUCCACCAUGAGAUCAACAUCCAUCAUCACUGUUGUCGCCUGGCUCCAGACCGGUCUUCUGGCUUCAGCUGCAACUAUUCCUCAGGGAAGUUUAGACGCACGCGACACUCCCGGUGCAUGCUGGGACACUUGCAACGCCGCUCAACUGGAGCAGAACGCGCGUAAGAAUGAUCCCGCUAUUUGCAAUGCCGGUAGCGCAUACAGAGAUUAUUAUGACGGCUGUGUAGCUUGUGUUCGUGGGAGGGGCGGCGACACCAGCGGAUUCCCCAACCUACGCAAGUGCUAAUCGUGGAGCACAGUCGAUACGUACCGUUGUAUAAGGGAGGACUGGGUUAUAGUACAAGAUUGGACAAGACUUCACGGUACCUAACUAAGGAACUUAUAAUAGUAGAGUGGUAGUUGUGAGAAGCUAAGUGCUUGUAUCCUAAGUAGUGUUUAAUAGCUUCAC